GUCUGCGCGGGCCAGAGGUUCAAAAGUACACACUACGCUCCCCGGCCCCAUUGAUUUUGACCGAGAGCUAUUGUACUUUCUCUGCUGUGGGCUCCUGCUUCUCCUGCCGAGCCUUCCCAUAGGCCAUCGUCACCAUGGCUCAGGCUAUGGCUGUGCACCGCUUGACGGACGGAUGGAGCUUCAGACAGACUGACGAUACUGCCGGAGACGCCUGGCUGCCCGUGAAACGCGUCCCCACCAACGUUCAUCUGGAUCUAAUCGACAAUGGAAAAAUUCCGGACCCCUUUCUUGGAUUCAAUGAACUGGAGGCUGAGUGGGUGGCAGACAAGACCUGGACGUACAAAGUUACCCUUCCGGAAGUUGUCCCUCCCCAAGAUGGCACCGUCACCGUCUUGGCUUUCGAUGGCCUGGAUACCUUCGCGACCGUCAAGCUCAAUGGCAAGGUCAUUCUCCAAAGCGUCAACAUGUUCGUACCCCAUCGCGUCGACGUUACGAAGUACUUGAAGACUGGGUCGGAUAAUGUAUUGGAAAUCGACUUCGCCUCUGCGCGACUAGAAGCGAUCAAGAUCCGAGAGGCGCAUCCGGAGCAUACGUGGGUAGGGUUCAAUGGCGAUAUGUCUCGUCUCGCCGUUCGGAAGGCACAAUACCACUGGGGUUGGGACUGGGGACCAAUCCUCAACACCUGCGGUCCAUGGCGCUCUGUCCGGCUGGAAACGUAUCAAGCGAGGAUAUCCGACCUCCGAAUCGACUAUAAGCUCCAUGAUAGCUUGAAGUCUGUCCGCGGCAGCAUCACGGCGAAGGUGGAGGGGUCGUCAGGCAAGCGCGUGUCCUUCCAAGUGCGGGGCGAGAAAGAGGUGGUAUUUGAGCGAUCUGCCGAUGUCAGCGAAGGUUUGGCCAAGGUCGACUUUCAUAUAGACAAUGCGCAGCUAUGGUACCCGCAUGGUUAUGGUGCCCAACCUCUUUACUCAACGACUGCAACCAUAUCAGCAGAGGGCGUCGACCUGCAUCAAGCCACCCGCCGCACCGGAUUCCGCAAAGGCGAGCUAGUUCAAGAACCUGAUGCGAUAGGCAAGACCUUCUUCUUUCGCAUCAAUGGUGUGGACGUCUUCUGCGGGGGCUCGGAUUGGAUUCCCGCCGACUCUUUUACCCCGAGGGUGUCUGCCGAGAAGUAUCGCAAGUGGCUGGAGAUGAUGGUCGAUGGCUACCAGGUCAUGAUACGGAUUUGGGGAGGCGGCAUUUGGGAGGAAGAUGUGUUCUACGACCUGUGUGAUGAGCUAGGCAUCAUGGUGUGGCAGGACUUCAUGUUUGGCUGCGGCAACUACCCUGCCUUCCCCUCCAUCCUCCAAUCAAUCCACGACGAAUGCGUAGCCAACGUGGGCCGGCUGCGGCACCACCCUUCGAUCGUGAUCUACGCGGGCAACAAUGAAGACUACCAAGUGCAAGAACAAUUCGGGUUGACAUACAAUUACGAGGACAAAGACGCGGAAAAUUGGCUCCAGACCGAUUUUCCUGCGAGGUACAUUUAUGAAAAGCUCCUGCCCGAAGUCGUCGCCGUAGAGAGCCCGCAUGUGCCGUACCAUCCCGGAAGCCCUUGGGGCGAUGGUCUGAAGACGUCGAAUACGAAGGUUGGUGAUAUGCACCAAUGGAAUGUAUGGCACGGUACACAGGAGAAAUAUCAAAUUUUCGACACGCUUGGCGGCCGCUUCAACAGCGAGUUCGGUAUGGAGGCUUUCCCCCAUAUCGACACUAUCAAAUACUAUUGCACGGAUCCAUCGCAGCUAUACCCGCAGUCGCAUAUGCUAGACUUCCAUAACAAAGCGGACGGCCAUGAGCGGCGGAUUGCGACGUACUUGGUGGAGAAUUUCAGAACCCAGACUGAUCUAGAGGCAUUUAUCCACCUGACGCAACUCUCCCAAGCCGAGGCGUUAAUGUUCGGAUACCGUGGAUGGCGACGGCAGUGGGGCCAGCAGCGGUUGUGCGGAGGCGCAUUGGUCUGGCAGCUGAACGACUGCUGGCCCGUCACAUCGUGGUCGAUUGUGGAUUACUUCCUACGCAAGAAGCCUGCAUACUACGCGAUGAGACGGGUCUUGGCGCCGGUUGCCGUCGCCGUCAAGCGGGCCCACUUCGACUGGAGCGUGGUUCAUGCCCGUGUGCCGAAGACGAGUGAUUACGAGGUGUGGGUUGCCAGCAAUCAGCCAGCGGAAGUAACGGCGACCGUUGAGCUACGAUUCAUAUCUGUUUCGACCGGGAAGGAAAUUAAGGAAAAGGUGGUCAAGAAGGACAUCAAGAUUGCGGCGAACGGCACGACGGAUGUGGUGUCGGGCACAAUCGACAACGUUCAGGAAGAGCCCCACGUUUUGGCGGCCCGGAUAUGGGUCGACGGCGAGAUUGUUUCCCGCGACAUCGACUGGCCGCAGCCGCUCAAGUACCUCAACUUCGAAGACCGGGGCGUGGAAGUCACUCCCCACAGCGACACGAUACACGUCAAGGCUAGCAAGCCGACCAAAGGGCUGGUGUUUGAGGAGAGGGCCGGCGUGCUCGUCAACGACAGCGCCCUUGAUGUCGUGCCGGGCGACGAGCAGAUAGUCAAAGUGAGGGGGCUUGCUGCGGGCGAUGCGCCGCUCAGGUGGACGUAUCUGGGCAGGACUUGAUGCGGAGACUCACAUGCAGUGCCGCACCGCUGCCUGGGGAUGACGACGACGCAGGAGACUGUCGGUGGAGACGCUGCAUGCUGGCUGACGGACUUGCGAGGAGCGACGGGCGCGGUACAUGCGACGGUCGAAAAGUGCAGCAGAGAGCGGCGGCUGGGCGCUGCACAGACUGGAGGGCGGCUGCAGCGACGGUGAUGUGACGCUGGGAGCGCGGUGGGCGUGGACUCGAGGGCUGGCGGAUUGCGUUAUAAGACAGGGUCAUGGGUG